AUGUCGUUUUUCUCCGCAACUGCAACCGUUCCUCAAAACCCCACCUUCGUUUCCUCUAACAAACUCUCAUUUUCUCUCUCAUCAUCAUCUCCCUCUACGUCGUCGUUUAACUUCCUCUCAUUUCCCUCAUCUCAAUCCAUCUUCUGCAAAAGCAUAACUGCCUCAUCCCAAAUUGCACGCGCUCACGCGCCUCCUUCUCCUGCAACCACGACCACCGCCGCCUCAUCCUUCCAUGGCAUCUGCUACGUCGUCGGCGACAACAUCGACACCGAUCAGAUCAUUCCCGCCGAACAUCUCACUCUUGUCCCUUCCAAGCCCGACGAGUACGAGAAGCUCGGUUCCUUCGCCCUAAUCGGACUCCCCGAUUCAUACACCGUCCGGUUCAUCGAACCUGGCGAGACGAAAACCAAAUACUCCAUCGUCAUCGGCGGCGCUAAUUUUGGUUGCGGAUCCUCCCGUGAGCACGCGCCGGUUGCGUUAGGGGCUUCCGGUGCGGCUGCUGUUGUGGCUGAAUCGUACGCGAGGAUCUUUUUCAGAAACUCGGUGGCUACUGGUGAGGUGUAUCCGUUGGAGUCAGAGACGAGGUUGUGUGAGGAGUGUCAUACGGGAGAUGUGGUGACGGUUGAGCUUGAGGAGAAUCGUUUGAUUAAUCAUACGACUGGGAAGGAGUAUCAGUUGAAGCCGAUUGGAGAUGCUGGUCCGGUUAUUGAGGCUGGUGGUAUCUUUGCUUAUGCUAGGAAAACCGGCAUGAUUCCUACUCGAUAA